CUCAACGAACACAAAAUCAUUCGUUUCACGAUUAUUGAUGUCCACCGCGGACCUACACGGUAACGCGACACUCUGACUGAAGUAGUUAGCGACACGUACGACGCAUCAGGACUGUUCGGUGGCCGCCUCCUUCCCCCACUGAGCCGUUGAGCGUGCCGCUCUCGUGACUGAAACGGCUCUCGCACCUCAAAGUGCAAACGUACGCACGACACGUCGUCCGGCGAGUCGGGGUGAAGAUGGAGGACUCCAAAAUGCAUAAGCUCAACGGCGUGAUCGAACACUACAAGAGACACAUCGGCAGGGCCACCGAAUCCAACGACAACGACAAGAUAAUGAAAUGUAUAACUAAACUUUCUAAACUUCCUAUCACUGUUCAAAAUUUACAAAAUACUGGAAUUGGACGAGUGGUCAACAAUUUAAGAAAAUAUGAUGGCAACAUUGGAGAAUCAGCCAAAACAUUAGUUAUUCAAUGGAAAAAUGUGGUAAAAAUUGAAGAAACUGAAAAUUUCUAUAAAAGAGAUGAUAAUUCUGAUGAAGAAAAUCAUGACGUAUCUUCACCAAAAGAUAAUGAAGAAUUUAUCAAUGAACCAGAAGUAAUCAAUACAAUUAACUAUGAUUCAAGUGACCGUGAAUCAUCUCACCAUCGACAUCAUGAAAAAUCAAAGCAUAAAAAAAGUAAAAAAGAUAAAGACAAUAAAAAACGAAAGGAAUCUUAUUCUAAUUCAACAGAUGAGCAAGGAGAUGGACAUGUCUCAAAGAAAGUAAAAAAAGAUUAUAAGUAUGAAAAUGUCAAAAUUAAAACAGAACCAGAAAUAUGUGAGAUUGCACAACAUAUUGCAACAACUUCUCAUAGAGAACAUAUUAAUGGUUAUGAAGAAAGUACUAAAAAAGAGAAAAAAAGUUCACAUUCAGACAAAAAAAAAGAUAAGCAUAAAUCGUCUCAUAAAUCUGAAUCUAAAUCUCACUCUCAUAGGGACAAAAAUGAAUCAAGGUCAGGUCAUAAAGAUAAAAGUGAUUCGAAAAAAAGUAGUAAGGAUAAAACCAAGGAAGAAUCUAAGCCUUCAACUAGUACUAACCAUAGUACUCAUAGUAGUAAUAGCAGUAACAAAACAUUUGAAGAAGCUUUACUAGGUAUAGAAAUAGUUAAAAAGAAACAAAUUAAAUCCAAGUAUAGAGAUAGAUCAAUGUCUUCAGAGCGAGAAUCUAGUUCUAUGCCACCAAGUCCAUUGGCACCAUUUAAUUUAGAUCCCGAAGAAUUAAUUGCUAACUAUAAACCACUAUCUCAAUUAGAUGUAAAGAAAAAGAAAACAGAAGAUCUUGAUCCGUUGGCUAAAAUUAUGACAACAAAAAAUAUGAGGACAAAAGUGUACUCUGGAAAUAAGAGUUCAAUCUAUACUGAAGUUCCUAGAUUACUUGAUUUCUGUAUCCAAACUAUUAAGGACAAUUUAGAUGCUUUGGAAUACACUGGUGGAGUUCCGUUUAGUAUACUUGAGCCAAUAUUGAAACACGCUAGCCCUGAUCAGUUAUAUACCUUAGAACAGUUCAAUGAUUAUUUGAUUGAAGAUACUGGAGUAUUAUGGGAGUACCAUUGCAAAAAAGAAUUUCGCAAUAAAGUUCCAGAUAAAAAUGAACCAUGGAGAAAUUUUUAUAUAAGAUGCCUAGAAGAACGUGAAACAAAAUUGGCCAAACUACGGCGGAACAUAAAUGCAAAUCAAGCUGCGUCCACGCCUGUUAGAAAAACACAACUAGCAUACGUUGACUCAACUGUUAAACCACCUCGCGGCAUUGCUAAAAAACAGGCAAAAUUCCAAACGGCUUCUGCUGAUACUAGGCGUAAUAUCUUAAACAAAUCUAUGAUGGGAGGACAUUCUACUGCUGAAGCACUGUCUGCCAACAAGAGAUCCACCACUAUGGCUACUGGUGUACCAAUUGCUCUGACUUCUGCCCAUUCGCCGUCCAGUGCGAUGAAAAAGAAAAAAGCUCCUUUGAUGCAAAAGGCGUUACAACUCAUAAAAUCUACACGCAGGCGUUAAAUUACUUCAUGUCUAACUUGAAAUAAUAGUAUUUCCCUACAUACAUACAUAUUUAAUGUAUACAUUUUUAUUAAAACGUAUCUGCCACGAAGGUUCUAAGAUUUGGUAAUAUGUAUUUCUGUGAUGAAUUGAAUUCUGAAUUUAUUUUAUUUUUAAUUCUUAAUUAGCGUUAAGAUUUCGCAAUGUGAACACUUUAUUGUCGUUAUUCUAUUAUAGAUGUAAUUAUAAACACGGUCAUUGUAAUUCUAAUUAAUUAUUGUAAUACUGUAUUAUUAAGUAUUGAUUCUAUUUUUAAUACCUAUUACCUAGACAUAGUAAGGUACCAUAAUUAAUUCCUUUUAUUAUAUACAUUUUUUUUUCAACAAAUUGUGAGUUUAAUUAUUAAAAAUUAUACAUUUUUUAAAUGUAAUUUCAAUUUUCCGUAACAAGUCAUCAAGCUUUAUGUAUGAUAAUUAUAUACUGUAACACGUUGAGCGGCGAGUUGUAGCUGUUACAUAAUUAUACAAUAUACAAUUAUUAUUCAAUUUUCUAUAA